CAGCGGCGGCAGCUUUCGACAUCAAUGGCACGAAGGGGUGAGAGCUGCGUGGAUGAUGGAGAUGGCGUGUUCGAGUGAGCUGCAGGGUGCAGCUGAGUGGUUCAGCACUGUCCAAAUGAGUGUCGUGCGUUUAAGACAGAUCGUGGCGAUGUUGCGAACAACUGUUACCAGGAGGAUGGAGCCGUCGUUGUCGUGGAUUCAGAGUGUCCACCGAUGCAUGCUGGAGAAUAUACGGGGGCUGGAGGAGGGGCCGGCCCCCCAUCUUGAGGCAUAUACGGAUCGGCUACGAUUGCGGCCGUUGAGGCGGCGCUGCUGUGAGGAGCUUGAGGAGGGGCACGGUCUUUGCGGCACGUUGGAGGAGCAGUUUUUCGAGGACGAUGAUGAUAUCGUGGAAGGCCUUCACAACAACAACGUAGUCGCUGACGACGACGCCGAGAUGGGCAGUGACGAUAACGAUAACCGUCUCAUCUACAUCACCCAAAGCUGCAAUAUCAACAAAACCAAUAACACCAAAGAAAAUAACGAGCUCACGGUGGCCGUGGAGCAGGGAGCAAAUAACAACUACACUGUGCGCGCCGGUGGAAUGGGAGGAGGGAUCUUGAGUCUCUGCACGCUAGGAAACGGUGGCGCUUUCGACAACGAUAAUAACAAUAACAAUUCAGCCGGCGAUAACACGCCUGGGAACGACAGUGGUUGCAACAACAACAUCAGCAACAACAAUACGGCCGGCGACAACCAAAAUAAUAACAACAAAGAGGAUGAUAGUGACUCUCACCGGGUGAUGGUGCAGUGUGGAAUCAGCAUCUUGAAUGCUGGUGUGAUUGAUUGCUGCCCUGCCACAUGGGGAUCGCUAUUUGGGUUCGAUCCUCUGGCUAGAAUAUAAUUUUUCGGUAUAAACUACGAUUUGCCACGUGGCG